CUCUAACGUGGAGUCCCGAUUAAUUUAGAUAUUUUCUCGUCGUCUACCAUCACUAAUUUUUCACCGUAGUCAGUCACAGCACUCUGGCUCUUCACGCAGUCGAGGUGUGUGUGUGUGUGGUCCGGACGAUUGAUUGCUACUUCUACUCGAUCUGCCUGUAAAUGUGUUUGUAUCUUCUCUGUGUUGUUUAUAUAUACAGCUCAGCUUGUGACAUGUGAAGCGAGUUUCAUAAUCCAUUCUCUAUCUCUGAAUUGCUCUGUUGAUUAGGAUUCCACACAUUAAUCGGCUCCGAGAAUGGAAAAUUCUCCAAAGAAGGUGUUACUAACCUCCAAUGGCGAUGAGAUUUCUCAUAACAUUGCCUACCAUUUGGCAAAACGUGGUUGCAGGUUGGUUUUGAUGGGAAAUGAGAGCCAACUGAGGAGUGUAGCAAAGAAGAUUAUGGAGUCUCUAAAAGGGGCCGCUGGGAUAGAUGUGGUAGGAUUGGAUAUGGAAGAGGAGAGAGAGGCGGUCUUCGAUGAAGCGGUGGACAAGGCGUGCCGGAUUUUGGGCCACUUGGAUGCUUUGGUCAAUUGCUAUUCAUACGAAGGAAAGAUGCAAGACCCCUUGCAGUUGGCUGGAGAUGAGUUCAAAAAGAUUUUUAAAAUAAAUUUCACAGCUGCAUGGUAUUUGAUGAAAGCCUCUAGCAGAAAAAUGAGGGAACAAAAAUCAGGAGGAUCCAUUAUAUUUUUGACCUCAAUACUUGGUGCUGAGAGAGGGUUAUAUCAGGGUGCUGCUGCAUAUGGUUCGUGUUUGGGUGGAAUACAGCAGUUAGUUAGGACAUCUGCACUGGAGAUUGGGAAGCACCAGAUAAGGGUUAAUGCAAUUGCCCGUGGCUUGCAUCUUCAUGAUGAGUUUCCUAUGUCGGUAGGGAAGGACAGGGCAGAGAAGUUGGUCAAGGAAGCGGCGCCAUUACAUAGGUGGCUUGAUGUUAAAAAUGAUCUUGCUUCAACUGUCAUCUAUUUAGUAAGCGAUGACUCACGCUACAUGACUGGGACCACCAUAUUUGUUGAUGGUGCCCAGUCUCUGGUAAGGCCUCGAAUGCGAUCUUAUAUGUGAUCUAUUUCAGUUAUAUAUUCAGUUGUUGAAAGAGGACUAUUACCUAUUUCAAUUAAAUCAUACUUCUAAGACAGAAUCAAUCCGGAUAUAUUUUUCUUUUUUGAAAAUUUCAAUAAGUAGGUGAUCUAUUUUUAUCGUAUGGUUUGUUGUAUCAGGCAGCUAUUCAAAUUUGCCGACUCUUGAGAUGUCUAUUAAAAAAAAUGUUACAUGAAAGAAAAUAAAUGAAUAGAUGUUGAAAUGAUGCAAAGAGCAAUGCUAGAGGGACUUAAUUUUGG